AUGAACAAUUUCAAUUCUCAAGUUGGCUGUCAAACAAGUAGAGAUGGCGAUGAUGGUGUUCUUUAUCAGUUUGAAUCAGUGGAAGAUGUAGAAAAUAACCUCCAGAAUCUUGAAGAACCCCUCAUUCCUGUAAUUAGUGGAUCUAUCUUUAAUAACAUCACUGCAUCAUUGUUUUUGAAGCAUUCAAAGACUAGAGGAUUACUUGUGCUAGAAGAUGAUGAGAUAGAAGUAGGCUCAUACUCACCUGAAAAAGCGUGUCCUGGAAAUGGGUUCAACCUUAAAGAAAAUGCUGAAGAAGUUGCUCCUCGUCAAUGUCUGAGUAAAAACAUCUGGAAUCCAGAUGGGAACUGGCUCUCAUACUAUGACUUUCCCUUUGGAGUAUUUAUCAUCAAAUCUAAGUCUCAGAAAGAGGUUAUUAUCAGCAAGGCCAAAGCAAACAAAGAAAACAGUUUACUCAAGUCCUAUCCAUUGUGGGGUGGGGAAGUUAAAGCUUUUAUGAAUUCAGCACAAAACACAGAUACAUGCAUGAGGCGUGGAACAUGUGAUCCCAUCGGUGGAGUGAAUAUAAAUGUUAACAUUAUUCCCAAAACCGAGGAUGACAAACGACCAAUUAUCCUAUUUGUCACAAAAGCUGAUGCAACUGCUUAUUUUAAAGACCUUAGUUUCGGAGGAAAAGACAGUGGAGCAAGUGUAGCAUUGCUGUUGGGUGUUGUUAAAGCGCUCUCCAAUGUUCGUGACAAUGACAAAAAUAACGACUUUAACAGUAUUUUGAAAUCAGAUUUCAUGGUAACCUUCCUUCAAGGGGAAAGUUUUGACUACAGUGGAUCUCAAAGAUUGGCAUAUCAGUUGAAAAACAAACAAUAUGGGAUGAAAGCUUACAACAUCUCUCUAGAUGACGUUAAAUGUAUAAUCGAGAUUGGUCCUAUCAGUAUUUCUAACGAACUCUACCUUCAUUCCACCCAACCUGACAGUGACGAAACUGUAAAAGAAAUUCAAGAUUUGUUUACCAAGUACACUGAAUCUACAGACUUCCAGUUCAAAACUAGACGAGGAAUGCCACCUGCCUCAAUAAACAGCUUUCUCCGAGAAGACGAAACCAAAUCAAGUGUUCUGCUUACAGAUGGAGAUACUGAGCUGCUAUCCCACGUGUUUGGUAGCAGAUAUGAUAUUUUAGAUAAUAACAAAGCAUUAACAACCAAAGUAAAAAAUCUGAUAAAAAUAAUUGGAAAUGUUGCCCUGCAGCUGGCAGGAGGAAAAGAGUCACCUCAAGUUGAAGUUGAAGAAAGUCUUGUUGGUGAGAUCUUGGAUUGCAUCCUUGUUAAUCAAAACUGCACUCUCCUUCAACGUCUUAGGCCCAAAACCUAUCAGUUACAUGAUGGGAGACUGAAUAGGUACUCAAGUGUGGGACAGAGAUCCAACUACAGCACAUCUUUACAGCUCCUGGCUCAAGAACUAAGCAAGAAGGAGUUUGACUUGACAAAAGAAAAGUGCAAUGCCACCUUCAUGAGCCCAUGGGUCCCUUAUUUGCCCCCUUAUUUGCUCGAUGACACAUGCUAUGGUAUAAUUAUUAAUCGGACUACUGCUCAAUCUCCUGCUUUCAAACUGAAAGAGUACAACAGCACAAAAUAUUCAACAUGGACUGAAAGUCGUUGGUCCCCCAACUUCCAAGUCCGUUUAUUCCUAAUGGCCUCUACAUCGGAGAAUACCACUAUGGGUUGUUGUGGACUUGUGUACUUUGUUGUAAUGUCAGCCCUUAUAUUUCAGUGCCAUCGGAGAAGUGAUCAGAUUUUUCCAUCGGCAAGUUAG